AUGGUUGCUCAACAGCUUCCAGUAUUGGAUCUGCUAAGAACUACGGAGAUACUGAUGUGCCAGUUGCAGGCUUUCAACCAGAUUCAAGUAGCUCUAACGCUGGAGAUGAAUCUCUAUGGAGUGCUGAACCACUUGGUGGUGGUGAUUCAAACCCAAAUGCAAAUCAGGCAAGUAGUUUCUGGUCAUCAGCCCCAGCAGCCUCGAAUGUUUAGCAACCAGGUGCCUCAGCAGCCUAGCCACACUCCCAACCAACUGCCCCAGCAGCCUAGCCACACUCCCAGCCACGUGCCCCACCAGCCUAGCCACACUCCCAUCCAAGGGCUCCAGGUGCCCCAGCAGCCUAGCCACACUCCCAGCCAACGGCCCCAGCAGCCUAGCCACACCCCCAGCCAGCAGCCCCAGCAGCCCGGCUACCCAUCCAGCCAACAGCCGCAGGUGCCCCAGCAGCCUAGCUACCCAUCCAGCCAACAGCCACAGGUUCCCCAGCAGCCUAGCUACCCAUCCAAGCAACAGCCGCAGGUGCCCCAGCAGCCUAGCUACCCAUCCAAGCAACAGCCACAGGUGCCCCAGCAGCCUAGCUACCCAUCCAGCCAACAGCCACAGGUUCCCCAGCAGCCUAGCUACCCAUCCAAGCAACAGCCACAGGUGCCCCAGCAGCCUAGCUACCCAUCCAAGCAACAGCUGCAGGUGCCCCAGCAGCCCAGGUACCAGCCCCAGCAGCCCAGCUACCCAUCCAAGCAGGUGCCCCAGCAGCCCAGCUACCCAUCCAUGCAACUGCCACAGGUGCCCCAGCAGCCCAGCUACCCAUCCAAGCAGCAGCCCCAGCAGCCUAGCUACCCAUCCAGCCAACAGCCGCAGGUACCCCAGCAGCCUAGCUACCCAUCCAAGCAACAGCCGCAGGUGCCCCAGCAGCCUAGCUACCCAUCCAGCCAACAGCCGCAGGUGCCCCAGCAGCCUAGCUACCCAUCCAGCCAACAGCCGCAGGUGCCCCAGCAGCCUGGCUACCCAUCCAAGCAACAGCCGCAGGUGCCCCAGCAGCCUGGCUACCCAUCCAAGCAACAGCCGCAGGUGCCCCAGCAGCCUGGCUACCCAUCCAAGCAACAGCCGCAGGUGCCCCAGCAGCCUGGCUACCCAUCCAAGCAACAGCCGCAGGUGCCCCAGCAGCCUGGCUACCCAUCCAAGCAACAGCCGCAGGUGCCCCAGCAGCCUGGCUACCCAUCCAAGCAACAGCCGCAGGUGCCCCAGCAGCCUGGCUACCCAUCCAAGCAACAGCCGCAGGUGCCCCAGCAGCCCAGGUUCCAGCCCCAGCAGCCUAGCUACCCAUCCAAGCAACAGCCGCAGGUGCCCCAGCAGCCCAGGUUCCAGCCCCAGCAGCCUAGCUACCCAUCCAAGCAACAGCCGCAGGUGCCCCAGCAGCCCAGGUUCCAGCCCCAGCAGCCUAGCUACCCAUCCAAGCAGGUGCCCCAGCAGCCCCGCUAUCCAUCCAAGCAACUGCAGCAGGUGCCCCAGCAGCCCAGGUACCUGCCCCAGCAGCCUAGCUACCCAUCCAAGCAGGUGCCCCAGCAGCCUAGCUACCCAUCCAAGCAGGUGCCCCAGCAGCCCCGCUACCCAUCCAAGCAACUGCAGCAGGUGCCCCAGCAGCCCAGGUACCUGCCCCAGCAGCCUAGCUACCCAUCCAAGCAAUUGCUGCAGGUGCCCCAGCAGCCCCGCUAUCUAUCCAAGCAACUGCCACAGGUGCCCCAGCAGCCCAGGUACCCAUCCAAGCAACUGCCACAGGUGCCCCGACAGCCUAGCUACCCAUCCAAGCAGGUGCCCCAGCGGCCUAGCUACCCAUCCAAGCAACUGCCGCAGGUGCCCCGACAGCUUAGCUACCCAUCCAAGCAACUGCCACAGGUGCCCCAGCAGCCCAGCUACCCAUCCAAGCAACUGCCACAGGUGCCCCAGCAGCCCAGGUACCAGCCCCAGCAGCCCAGCUACCAGCAGCCCAGCUACCCAUCCAAGCAGGUCCCCCAGCAGCCUGGCUACGCACCCAAGCAACGGCCCCAGGUCCCCCAGCAGCCUGGCUACGCACCCAAGCAACGGCCCCAGGUCCCCCAGCAGCCUGGCUACGCACCCAAGCAACGGCCCCAGGUCCCCCAGCAGCCCAGGUACCUGCCCCAGCAACCACAGGUUCCCCAGCAGUCUCGCUAUCAGCAGCCCGGCUACCAGCCCCAGUGGUUUCAAGUGUCUGAGCGGCCACGUGACCAUUCAACAUCUGCCCAAAGUGCUGGUACCCAGACCCCUUCAAAUGGGGACGGCAGUACUGCAGUUUACAGACAUGGCUAUGGACUCCAGUCAAAUCCAGAGGCACAGUGGGCAGGGUACAGUCAUGAUUCUUCAAAGACUGCUUUCAACUGAGCAAUUGUAUUGACUUGGCAAAUCAAUAAACUAA